CCAAAGCUGUCGCCCAUUGGUGGGACAAGACGGACGCUGCGGCCGCGCCCGAUUUUCCCGUCGAAUCAGUGCCUCGGUCUUCAGUCUGCUCUCUGGGGAAACUGGAGAAUGAGGAGAAGCACAUCAAACGCUUUGGCGGCUUUCUUAGGCUCAUGAUCCAUGGCCAGUAUAAAAUACGACCGCUCUCUCGAACCGUACCACCGUAGGGGAGGGGAGUCUGCCAGCCAGCCGCUCUCUCCUCCCCUGCGCCUGCCCACCUCCUUUGACAAUGAAGUCCAUCAUUCUGUCCGGCCUCGUCGCCACGGCCGGCCUCGCGUCCGCCGCUGCCGUCCGGACCACCAGAGAGGAGAAAUGCAGCCCCAAGCCCAUCAAGGCAGCUUACGCCGCACGCAUGGCCAGCUCCUGGAUUCUCAACAACUACGAGAGCCAGCGCGACGGAUGGUACGGCCGCGCCGCCCUCUACACGGGCUACGAGGCCGUCAUUGAACGCACCGGGAACGAGACCUUGCGUGACUGGUACCGCUCCCGCAUUGACGGCCUCGUCGUCCGCCCGGACGGCACGAUCCCGGACUGGCGGCCCGAACACUACUCCAUGGACGAUUACCGGAUCGGCCAUAAUGUUCUGCACUGGUAUGAUCGGACCGGCGAGGAGAAGUACAAGACGGCGGCCGCCACCAUCCGUGCCAUGCUGGAGCACCACCCGCGCACCCCGACUGGCGGUUUCUGGCACCGCGACGGCGUCUAUCCGAACCAGAUGUGGCUUGAUGGCAUUUACAUGGCAGACACCUUCUACGCCCGCUACACCAAGACGUUCCAGCCCAACAACCAGACCGCAUGGGAUGACAUCAUCCUCCAGUAUGACAAGAUCGAGGCCAUCACGCGCGUUUCCGAGACCAACCUAAUGGUGCACGGCUAUGACGAGUCCAAGAAGGCGGUCUGGGCAGACCCUGUGACCGGCGCCGCGCCCAUCGUGUGGAACCGCGCUGUCGGUUGGUACUUCUGGUCCCUGGUCGAGCUCCUCGACACCCUGCCGCGCUCGCACCCGGCCUGGGACCGCAUGCUGAAGAAUUUAGUCACCCUGGCCGAUGGCCUGAAGCGCGCGCAGGACGCCAAGUCUGGAGGCUGGUGGCUCGUCAUGAACGAGCCGUAUCCGGGACGCGAGGGCAACUACUUUGAGAGCUCGGCCGCCGCCAUGUUCACGUACGGCUGGCUCGCGGGGCUCAAGAGGGGCUGGCUCGCCGAGAAGGACUACCUCGCCCCGGCCACCAAGGCCUACGCGCAUCUGAUCAACGACUUUGUCAUCGAGAACACUAACGGCACCCUCACGUGGGACGGCACCGUGCAGGUCGGCUCCCUGGGGAGCAACGCGACGUUUGAGUACUACGUCGGUAUCCCGAUUGUGCAACAUGACACCCGCGGCGUCGGUCCUUUCUUGCUCGCCGCGGUGGAGUGGGAGGAGCGUAACAACAUUCAGUCCUGAGUAGCCUGAAAAAUGGCUAUGGGAUUGCGCGAGUCAUCUUGCUUUGUAUAGACAAGGGCAACCUGAGCACGUGGCUUAACCGUCGGAUUUGGGUCGCAAGAGUGCAAUAGACUCCAAGUAACCACCAUCCGAAACCCCUUGUGAACCCCAUGCUCCUCGGCAACCUGUCGUUAAAGGCCGCGGGCCAAGGGCUUUCGGUGACCCAAUAUCGAAGGUGACUCCUAUGGAAGCGGAUCCGAGCCCCAUCGCCCCGGGAGACGGCUCAUUGUGAUAAGCCAGCCACUCAGGCCCGGAUACUCGGCUAACCAAUAUCUGGUCAUUUCCCUGGUGAUCCACCCGAGAUGCUGGGGUGCCAAGGAUGACGAUUCCAGGAAGCGUUGGCCAAGCCAUUCGGUUGGCCUGGUAGCGGGGUAUAUAUGAAUCAUGCCUCCCCCUCUUGGGCACGUCAUCCCAGGCCGGUUCGGCCCCA